AUGAUUAGAACUACAGUAGGAUUUAUAUCUUCGAAAUAUUCAUAUAAUUUAGUGUCACGUUUUGUUUUACCAGUUAAAUAUAAUCAAUUAUGUCUCCAUACCAGUCGGCUAUUAAAUGUCAAGGGGAAAGAAAUAACGAUGCCUUCUCUUUCACCCACUAUGGAAUCCGGUACCAUAGUAAAAUGGUUAAAAAAAGAAGGAGAUCCAAUUCAACCUGGUGAUGCAAUCGCUGAUAUUCAAACAGAUAAAGCUGUUAUGACUUUCGAAACAGAAGAAGAAAGUAUUAUGGCCAAAAUCAUUGCUGCUGAAGGAACGAAAGAUAUAAAAGUUGGAACUGUGAUUGCUCUGACAGUCGAACCUGAUGAGGAUUGGAAAUCAGUUGAGAUGCCUGAUGCAUCAAGACAACCAGCUGCUAGUUCUGCUUCAGUCUCAGCUCCAGCUUCAGCGCCUUCGAGCAGUAGCAAUGAAGUAGUCGAACCUCCCCCUGGCCAAACUAACGUUGCAAUGCCAGCAUUGUCACCUACAAUGACUUCAGGUACUAUUGUUAAGUGGUUAAAAAAUGAAGGAGACGAAAUAUCUCCCGGUGAUGCUGUUGCUGAAAUUCAAACAGACAAAGCAGUUAUGACAUUUGAAAUGGAAGAUGAUGCAAUCUUAGCAAAAUAUCUUGUUAAAGAGGGAUCUCAGGUCGACGUUGGUCAAUUAAUUGCAAUAACAGUCGAGAAAGGAAUGGACUGGAAAUCUGCCGUAAUACCGACAUCCACGAAAGCAGUCGCUAAAGAGUCAAGUACUGCUGCACCACCAAAAGCUACACCGUCACAAAGUGGACAACCAGCUCCAAGCGAUCAAGUCUACGGCUUAGCUGUAAAGAGACUCUUAGAAGAAUACGCAAUCAGUAGCGGUUCUGUCAAAGGUAGUGGACGUCCUAAUCGAUUGCUAAAAAGCGACGUUUUGGCGCAUAUCGAAAGCAAUAAAAUUCAAAAAGUGUUCUUAAAAGCUGAUGAACCAUCGGCUACCGGUAAACAAGCUCCAACUACCAAAACACAAAUCUCAGCACCACUAAAAUCAGGUCCAUCGACUUAUACAGAUCAUGAAGUUUCCAAUAUUAGAGCUGUAAUUGCGAAACGUCUAGGAGAAUCAAAGAGUAGUAUUCCUCAUUCAUACAUAACGAUUGAUGUAAAUAUUGACAAACUCAAUGAAUUGCGAAGUGAACUCAAAGCCGAAAACUUGAAAGUCUCCAUGAAUGACUUUGUUAUACAAGCUGUCGCUCAAUCACUCAUUCAAUGUCCGCCUAUAAAUUCAAUUUAUAAAAAUGAACAAGUCACCCGUAUACCAAAUGUCGAUGUAUCAAUUGCAGUUUCAACACCUACUGGUCUAAUAACGCCAAUUAUUUUCGAUACAGUUAAAAAAAGUUUAACAGAUAUUUCAAACGAUGUAAAAUCAUUAGCUGACAAAGCUCGAAAAGGUACUUUGAAACCUAAUGAAUUUCAAGGCGGUACUUUUACAAUUUCCAACCUUGGAAUGUUUGGAAUCAAAGAAUUCUCAGCUAUUAUAAAUCCUCCUCAAACAGCCAUACUUGCUGUUGGAACAGGUCGUGAUGUUUUAGAUACUAGUCUUAGAAAGAAAUCGAUGAUGAGUGCCACUCUGUCUUACGACAGUAGAGCAAUUAGUGAAGAUCAAGCUGCUAAUUUCUUAUCAGUUCUCAGAUCGAGAUUAGAAAAUCCGUCAUUCCGUUCUAUUGGAAGCAAUCAUUAA